GGGAUUAUAGGCAUGAGCCACUGGGCUCAGAUAAGGGCUCUUCUUGAUGGCUUACUGUAUCCACUUUGUCCCCAAAACCAUAGGGAAAUGACUAGAGGUGACUGUACUAGCUAGAUUUUAAACGAAACUGAAAUGAAAGUUCACUUCCUCAUUAUGAGUACCUCAUGUGACAAGUUCCAAUUUCUUUUAAAGUCAAUUUAACUGAAAUCUCCUUGUUGCUUUGAAAUCUUAGAAGAGAGCCCACUAAUUCAAGGACUCUUACUGUGGGAGCACCUGCUGGUUCUAUCACAAUGAAACAGCUGGUUUGUGUGCUCUUGGUGUGCUCCUCUGCAGUGGCGCAGUUGCAUAAAGAUCCUACCCUGGAUCACCACUGGCAUCUCUGGAAGAAAACCUAUGGCAAACAAUACAAGGAAAAGAAUGAAGAAGCAGUACGACGUCUCAUCUGGGAAAAGAAUCUAAAGUUUGUGAUGCUUCACAACCUGGAGCAUUCAAUGGGAAUGCACUCAUAUGAUCUGGGCAUGAACCACCUGGGAGAUAUGACCAGUGAAGAAGUGAUGUCUUUGAUGAGUUCCCUGAGAGUUCCCAGCCAGUGGCAGAGAAAUAUCACAUAUAAGUCAAACCCUAAUCGGAUAUUGCCUGAUUCUGUGGACUGGAGAGAGAAAGGGUGUGUUACUGAAGUGAAAUAUCAAGGUUCUUGUGGUGCUUGCUGGGCUUUCAGUGCUGUGGGGGCCCUGGAAGCACAGCUGAAGCUGAAAACAGGAAAGCUGGUGUCUCUCAGUGCCCAGAAUCUGGUGGAUUGCUCAACUGAAAAAUAUGGAAACAAAGGCUGCAAUGGUGGCUUCAUGACAACGGCUUUCCAGUACAUCAUUGAUAACAAGGGCAUCGACUCAGACGCUUCCUAUCCCUACAAAGCCAUGGAUCAGAAAUGUCAAUAUGACUCAAAAUAUCGUGCUGCCACAUGUUCAAAGUACACUGAACUUCCUUAUGGCAGAGAAGAUGUCCUGAAAGAAGCUGUGGCCAAUAAAGGCCCAGUGUCUGUUGGUGUAGAUGCGCGUCAUCCUUCUUUCUUCCUCUACAGAAGUGGUGUCUACUAUGAACCAUCCUGUACUCAGAAUGUGAAUCAUGGUGUACUUGUGGUUGGCUAUGGUGAUCUUAAUGGGAAAGAAUACUGGCUUGUGAAAAACAGCUGGGGCCGCAACUUUGGUGAAGAAGGAUAUAUUCGGAUGGCAAGAAAUAAAGGAAAUCAUUGUGGGAUUGCUAGCUUUCCCUCUUUCCCAGAAAUCUAGAGGAUCUCUUCUUUUUAUAACAAAUCAAGAAAUAUGAAGCACUUUCUCUUAACUUAAUUUUUCCUGCUGUAUCCAGAAGAAAUAAUUGUGUCAUGAUUAAUGUGUAUUUAUUGUACUAAUCAGAAAAUAUAGUUUGAGGCCGGGCACGGUGGCUCACGCCUGUAAUCCCAGUACUUUGGGAGAUCAAGGCAGGCAUAUCAACUUGAGGCCAGGAGUUAAAGAGCAGCCUGGCUAACACGGUGAAACCCCAUCUCUACUAAAAAUACAAAAAAUCAGCCAAGCACAGUGGUGCAUGCCUGUAAUCCCAGCUACUUGGGAGGCUGAGGCACAAGAUUCCUUGAACUCAAGAGGUUGAGGCUGUGGUGAGCUGAGAUCACACCACUGUACUCCCGCCUGGAUGACAGAGUGGAGACUCUGUUUCAAAAAAACAGCAAAGAAAAUAUAGUUUGAUUCUUCCUUUUUUUUAAAUUUGCAAAUCUCGGGAAAAAGUAUGCUAAGUAAAUUAGUAAUGUACUAUAGAUGUAACUGUACAAAAAUUAUGCAACCUAAAACAAUCUGUCAUUGCUCAUUGUUUUAUUGUAUACUCUUUGUCUUUUUAAGACCCCUAAUAGCCUUUUGUAACUUGAUGGCUUAAAAGUACUUAAUAAAUCUGCCAUUUCAAAUUUC